AUGGUUUCGCACAUUGAGACAUGGCAAGCUAUGGAAAAGUUGCACGAUGAAGGAAAGCUCAAGGCGUUGGGUCUAUCGAACUUCAAUGCCGAACAAAUGGAACAUCUUUAUUCGCAAGCUCGCAUAAAGCCAUCAAAUCUUCAGGUGGAGUGUCACAUCUACUUGCCGCAAGUGGAACUUCAACAAUUCUGUAAGAAGCACAACAUGUCGCUGACUGCCUACGCUCCUCUAGGAUCACCUGGCAGAAAGGCUGCUCGGCCAGAUGGUGUUUGGCCUGAAGGAGAUCCAAUGACGGAACCAGUUGUCAAGGAAAUUGCAGCCAAGCAUGGCAAAACUCCUGCGCAGAUACUUCUACGACAUCUCACGCAACGCGGCAUCUCAGCCAUCCCGAAAAGCAUCAGUCCUGACAGGGUAAUUGAGAAUAUCUCAAUUUUCAAUUUCAAGCUGAGCGACGAGGAGAUGGAUCAGCUGAACAACGUGAAAACACGAAUAAGG